AGAUUUUUCAUCCACUUACAAGGGUACACCGCAAAUGAAAUCCUUCAGGCUCAUUAAUGUCGCACUGAUGUUUCCACCUCAACUCUCAUAGCCUUAUGUCACCAUGGCACUAUAUGAUUCAUUCUAUUCCUGAGUGCCAGACUGCCAGGCCAACUACUCAUGGCGAGAUGUAGCAUAAUCUCUAUAGUAGCGGAUAGUUGAGCCGUUUCUCGCAGGUUUAUCCUUGGCCACAGCCUACACAUGACGAGUAAACCCGUGGCUGUUAUCGCAGGCCUUGGUUCAGGUACUGGCACUGGCGCAGCAACAGAUCGUUUCUUCGCUAAAGAAGGCUAUGCUAUCGCUCUCAUAGCUCGCCGUGCUGAUUCUCUCAAAGCCCUCUCGGAUGAGAUCAAUGCUGCCAGCGGGACCGACGAGAAGAGCAAGAGAGGGUCCUUGAUCUUCACAGGAGCUACGGCGAGCAUCAGAGGGAACGUCACCACCAGCGUGUUCUCCGCUGGGAAACACGCUUUGAGGGCGUUGUCGCAGAGUCUGGCGAAAGAGUUCGGCAAGCAGAAUAUCCAUGUGUCCCACGUAAAGCACUGUCUCCUUUCCUGUAGCCGGUUGUGUUGUUGAGGCUGAAUGUAUGACAUAAGCAAUCAUCAAUGGGAG